AGUUGUAUCACAGAAAUGGUCUUUGAACGAAUAACAUCCUUAAUCUUGAUCAUAGCGGUGACUCGGGCAACUCCGAAUCGGAAUCUCCAAGUUCGUCAGAUGCGUCCAUCGAACUUCACGCUCCCGCCAGGGUGUGGACCUACUAAGAGGGUCGGCAACCUCACUUACUGCAUCACCGGCUCUCUCGAUUUGGGCAGGGAGUGGUUGGUUGAUUUUAAUAUGAAUUUCUUCGAUGUCUUCGUCAACAAUAGUGUGAAGUUCGGGCUCAACCUUGCGAUUGAGGACGUUGGCACUGCUAAACACCUCAGUGUGAAUACUGGUGGACGCGCCACUGUGGUGAAGCACGACUUCUUUCCUGACUGGCGACCUAAGGACUUCGUUGGUGCAGUGACCAUCGGAACGAGAGGCGGCAACACAACGUAUGAUAACAGCACUAAGAAGUUUGUCUCCAACUUUGAGAUAUAUGGUGACGUUGAUAUUUUCACACAGGGAAGGAAGUUCAUGAGCAUGCCGUUUUCGACGCCUUUCGGUUACGCCAGCCUGGGUCAGGACUUCGAUGUUGAGUUCAAUGGUUCUGUCGUGGCCACCGGUGGAGACGAGCAGGCGAAUAGUCGUCUGAACUUCUCCUUGGCCAUGUCUACACUAAGUGGUUCGGUAUUGAAUUGGCAUCUGUAUGGCGGCUUAGAUGUAUCAAUUUAUUGGGAAAAAUAUGGACGCCAUAAUUUUACCAUACCAUUUGUUGACGAAGAUAUUCAGAUUCCGUAAUAAUGUGCCCACUCAUCCCUGUCUCUAUAUAUGUUGCUACACACAGCACAUUGAAGGGUCCUUUUCAAGAGCAAACCGACUACUUCACAUUCGAGGUUGCAUUUUUUUGUCGAAUGCAUCAUCGGGUUCGCUUGUUUCCUAAGGGGAGUCGAAAAUGUAGUCGAGCAAC